AUGGAGAGGCUGCUGCUUUUACUAACCUUGCUGUGUGGAAGCUAUGCUCAACGCCAAGAUCUUACAGAGAGGGUUUUUACCUUCCCGCUGGACAAAGGGACUCCCCAUGUAAAACUCACUGCUAAUAUUCAGAAACCCAUCACUGCCAUGACUCUGUGCCUGAGGUUUCACACUGACCUGACCCGCACUCAGUCUCUUUUCUCCCUGGCAACCCCAUCUCAUGCCAGUGCUUUGACACUGUUCAAAAGCUCUGUCUCAGGGUACAAGCUGCACAUCAACGGCGACUCCCUUGCUGUCCACGGACAGCCAGACAUCAUGGACGAGUGGAACUCAGUGUGCUGGACUUGGGACUCGUCCACUGGCUUGACAGCACUGUGGGUCAAUGGGAAGCGAAGUGUUCGGCAGGUGCUGCAGAAAAAUGGCAGUGUAGACAACAGGGUCAGUAUAAUCCUGGGUCAAGAGCAAGACGCUUUUGGAAGAGGCUUUCAACAGAAUCAGUCCUUUAUAGGAGACAUGGCUGAUGUCCACUUGUGGGACAGCGUCAUCGUUCCUUGUCAAAUCAGGCACUACAUGGAGGGUAAUGACUUCGUUGCUGGGAACCUUCUCAACUGGAAAGACCUGCAGUACACCAUCACUGGCACUGUCUAUGUGGAGAGCAGUGAUUUUGAUAAACUGUCAUGCUAUUAA